AUGUCAGAUAGUUUUAGUAAUGAUGAAAACUAUGAUAAUUUAACUGACGAAUUAACACAGGGUUUACAACAUAAUUCAGCUUACAAUGAUUUAAAUAAUAAAAAUGUACGACAGGUUAGAUUAAUUUUAGAUCAUACUGCUUUUGUAAGAGGUAUUGGCAAUGUUAAAAGAUGGUUUAAUAAAGAAUAUAUAAAAUCAAAUGUUUCAAGAGAUAAUGAAUUGAUUAACUUAAAUAUCUAUAUUCCAUCAUAUACUUUACACGAAUUUGAUUUUGCUAAAAAAGGUACUUCAAUUAGUGCAACAAAUGCAAGAGAAGCUAUUAAAUUUAUUGAUACAUAUUUGGAAAAUGUAGGAAAUUUAAUUGAUGAUAAUAAAGAUGAUGAAUUAGAAAACUAUGUAAAUUAUAAUGUCGAAAUUGAAUCUCCAAAUGAUAAUAUACCGAAUUGGAAUCAGUGCCUGAAAUUCAAAGUUCAUUCACCAAGAGUUAAAGAAUUUCCAAAUUUCAAAACUACUUUUGAUUCCCAUUUGAUUGGUCAAAAUACACAAAAUGAUUCAGAAAAUAUGAAUAGUUUUAUUAAAAAUUUUGAAACAUCUGUAUCAUUAAAUAAAACCGAAAGUUCAAUGCAUUAUCAGAAUGUUUUGGCUAAUCAAGAAAGAUAUGCAGAAAUGCCAGUAAGAUUGAAGUAUCUAAUUAAAACAUGUAUUUUUAAAAGAUUUUUGGAGAAAACAAUUCCAAAAAUUGAAAAUGACGCUGAACAAUGGAAAUUAGUUACUGAGAAUUCAGUUACUAAAAUAUGGGCUAAAUCUUUUGGUAUUGAUUGUUUAAAUGUUAAUGAAGCAGAAUUAUUAAUUUUCCAAAAUUAUGAUGUUAAUUCUUUUAGAAAUUAUAAUCCAUUUAAUAUUGACGAUGAAUUUAAUCCAAAAGAUAAUAUUCUUCAAAAUAAAAUUGAUACAACUUUAUACUCAUAUAGAGAUGGCCAUCAAGAGCCAGUAACAGUAGGUGAUUACAAAAAGAAAAGACGUAAUAGGAGAAAUAGAAUUAAGACUAGUCUUGAAGAUACAGUUGAAGGUAUAGUCCAGGAUGAUGGAGGUCAAAAUGGUUUAAAUCCAAUUAAAAAAGAAAAAUUUAAUGCCAUUAACUAUGCACCAAGAGGUAAAGGAGAAUUAUGGCGUCCAUAA